AUGGCGUCGUCCAUUGCGUACAAGAAGGAGGAGCGCCUGCCCCUUCUGGGGAAGGAACCGACGACGGAUCAUGGGUUGGGAGACAAGAGUCCUGCUGAACUGGGCGGGUGCAUGAGCAACGUUUUCUUCUCGUGGCUCACGCCGCUCUUGGAUCUUGGGAACAAGCGCCCCCUCGAGUUCGACGACUUGUACCAGUUGAAUGUCGACGACCGCGCGACGCAAAUCUCGUUGACGUUCAAGAAGAACUGGGAGCAUGAACUCACGAAGCCGAAGCCGCGCCUUUGGUGGGCACUGGCGCGCUCGUUUGGCGGCCAGUUUGUAGCAGCCGGGUUCCUAAAGCUUUUGCACGACUCGCUGCAGUUUGUCGGACCGAUGGUGAUCAAGUACAUCAUUGAGUUCCUGAGCGACCCCACGGCGGAAUUGAGCACGGGGUUGCAAUAUGCAUUGGCGAUCUUUGUCUCGGGGGUUGUGCAGUCGUUUUCGUUGCGUCAGUACUUUUUUCUGUGCUUUGAAACCGGGUUGCGCUUCCGUUCGGCGAUUGUCACGGCGGUGUACCAAAAGUCGCUUGUCCUGGCGGCGUCGGCCCGCGCCAAGAAGUCGACGGGGGAAAUCACCAACCUCAUGAGCGUGGACGCCCAACGGUUGCAGGACAUCACCAACUACCUGCAUGCGAUCUGGUACGCGUUGUUCCAGAUCAUCAUCUCGUCCUACUUGUUGUACUUGCAACUGGGGGUGGCGUUCCUUGCCGGUGUGAUUGUCAUGCUACUGAUUAUUCCCACGACCGCCGCCAUCUCGCAGUACAUGCGAACGCUGCAACGUGCGCUCAUGGCGGUCAAGGACGAGCGCGUCAAGGUCGUGUACGAAGUGCUCAGUGGCAUCAAAGUGAUCAAGCUCCAGGCGUGGGAAAACUCGUUCACGAACCGCGUGAUGGAGUUUCGAAGCAACGAACUGGACCGCCUUCGGACGUACAUUUACGCCCGAGCGGGGUCCAGCAUGGUGUUCAACGGUGUGCCAUCGUUGGUCACAGUCACGUCGUUCUUUGCGUACAUUUACAUGGGCAACUCGCUGGACGUGGGCACGGCGUUGACGUCUCUUGCGCUGUUCAACAUCUUGCGCUUCCCGCUGUUCAUGUUGCCCAACGUGAUCAACUCCCUCGUGGAAGCGCAUGUAAGUUUCUCGCGCUUGGAAGAGUUCUUCACGAUGGAAGAGCGCGAGCCGGUGACCGCGGGACCGUUGAAGGAAACCGCCAUCUUGCUCCAACAUGCCGACUUUGAAUGGGAUGCGGCCCAAGACACCGACGCCGUGGAAAACGCCGAAGUUGGGCCUAUCUUGCACAAUGUCAACCUGAAACUCACCGACGGGAGCUUGGUGGCGGUGGUGGGGGCCGUCGGGUCUGGCAAGAGUACGCUGUUAUCUGGGAUCUUGGGCGAUGCUCGCUGCGCCAAAGUAGGCCAAGUACACCGCUUUGGGUCUGUGGCGUACGUGAGCCAGCAGCCAUUCAUCCAAAACGCCACUCUGCGAGACAACAUCACGUUUGGAUUGGCCUUCGACCACGCGCGUUUGGUGGACAAGGUCGACGGGGUCUUGGCCAAGAUGAUGGAAAGCGUUCAAGAAGCCCCCGACAAGGAAAAAGACGACACCGACGUCCCUCGUGACAACGAUCAGGAAGAAGACGAGCGAGAACAUGAUGCGCGCCAACGCACCGAAUCCAACCGCAGCGACGUGGACACGGAUAAGGUCGCCAACGCCGCUUUGAUUUCCGACGAAGACCGCAGUACCGGCGACGUGCCGUGGUCAACGUACAAGGUGUGGAUCGAUGCGUGUGGUGGCUUGGGCAUGGGUUUCAUGGUGAUUUUCUUCUACAUCCUGACCAACUGCGCCAACUUGUCGUCUACGUUUUGGCUGUCGUACUGGAGUGAAAGCGCGGCCGACACGACGCACAGUCAGUUUUACUACCUGUACAUCUUCAUGGGGCUAAACGUGGGAGUGAUCACGCUCAUGUUCGUGCAAAGUCUGGCGCUGUACGUGACGGGUCUGCGUGGGUCCACGCUCAUGUUCAACCAGUUGCUGACCCAAGUGCUUCGUGCGCCCAUGUCGUUCUUCGACACCACUCCGUUGGGCCGCAUCGUGAACCGCAUGAGCAAGGACGUGUACGCGAUCGACGAGACGAUUCCAGCCAACUGGGGCAUGUUGUUCGGCACGGUGUUCAGCGUCAUCACGACCAUUUGCACUGUGGUAUAUGUGACACCGUGGUUUUCCGUCAUUUUGAUCCCGUUGGGCAUCUUGUACUAUGCCAGCCAGCGCUACUUCAUCAAGACAUCGCGGGAAUUGCAACGGUUGGACAGCAUUUCCCGAUCCCCUGUGUACGCCUUGCUCACCGAAACGCUGGAAGGCCUUCCCACCAUCCGAGCCUUUGGCGUCGAGCCUCAGUUUGCCGCUCGCAACGAGUACAUGCUCGAUCGCAACCAGCGCGCAUACUUCUUGAACUUCAGUGCCAACUGCUGGCUCGCGCUGCGCUUGGAAUUCGCGGGCACGAUGGUCGCCACGGCGGCAGCGCUGUUUGCUGUGUUGGGCCAUGAAGCCAACGCUGGCGUGGCCUUUGCUGGGUUGGCGGGUGUGUCGCUGUCGUAUGCGUUCAACGUCACUCAAAGUCUCAACUGGAGUGUCCGCAUGUUGAGCACCAUCCAAACCCAAAUGGUCAGCGUCGAGCGUAUCCACGCGUACACGACGAUGGAAGUGGAGGCGGAAUUGAAGGCCGAGCCCAUCAAGCAACUGGAAUUGGAAAAUGCCAAGUGGCCAUCCCAAGGCAAACUCACGUUUAAGGACGUGGACCUGAGAUACCGCGCAGGCCUUCCCCGAGUGUUGCGAAAGCUGACGUUUACGAUCAACGCCAACGAGAAGAUUGGGAUCGUUGGACGUACGGGUGCUGGCAAGUCGUCGCUGGUUGUGGCGUUGAUGCGAUUGGUGGAGUUAGAUGGCGGAGUUAUCACCCUGGACGACGUGGACAUUUCGACGAUCGGUCUGCACGACCUCCGGGACAAAGUGUCGAUCAUUCCCCAGGACCCGGUGCUGUUUUCAGGCACCAUCCGGUCCAACUUAGAUCCGUUCGACCGGUACGCAGACGACGCCAUUUGGACGGCUAUCAAGCGUGCGAAUCUGCACCAGGCCGUGACAGCGUUGGACGACAAGGUGGACGAGCGCGGUCAGAACUUCAGCGUGGGCGAGCGGCAGUUGAUUUGCAUCGCCCGUGCGCUGCUGAAGAAGUCCAAGGUGAUUUUGAUGGACGAAGCCACGGCGUCGAUCGAUGCCAACACGGACCGCCUGAUCCAAGAAAGCAUCCGCGACUCGUUCAAGGACUGCACGUGCCUCACGAUUGCGCAUCGCAUCAACACCAUCUUGGACAGCGACCGCAUCCUCGUGAUGGACAAGGGAUCGGCGGCCGAGUACGACACGCCCGCGCAACUGCUCAAGAACCCCAAGGGCAUCUUCACCAAUCUCGUCGAACAUUGGCGCGAUGACAACGCUGAAUAA